AUGUCUCUCCUUCCCAUCAACCCCGCCGACUUCCCGGACGUGCCUACCAAGAAGGCCCUCAUAGCCAUCGACCUUCAGAACGAUUUCUUGGCUCAAGAUGGCGCACUCCCCGUCAACCAGCCGGAUGGAAUGGUUGCUAAGGUCGUCAGGCUCGCCGACGCCGUGCGGAAUUCCGGCUAUGGUGAGGUAGUAUGGGUCCGCAGCCAGUUCGACACAAGCCGUGCAGUUGGCGAGGAGCAGAUGAUGGCCAUCGAAACCCCCCAGCUACCAAAUAGACCAGGUGGUUCAGCUGCGGCUGCGGCUGCGCGCGCGCGCGCCUCCCGAUCAUCCCCCGCAGCAUCCACACCUCUCGAAGCCGAUCCGGAGGCUUUCCUCAGUGACGUUGGUGGACAGAGCGGCAAAAUCAAGCCGCAAUGCGUCCGCAAGGGAACCAAAGGUGUAGAGCUUCUUCCUGAGUUGGCAGCAGCCAAGGGUCCAAGGGACUAUGCCAUGACAAAGACAUAUUACUCGGCCUUCCAGUCCGGCCAGCUCCUGCAGUUGCUCAGGCGGCACUUUGCAACGGAGCUCUACAUCUGUGGUGCAUUGUCCAACGUCAGUGUGUAUGCAACGGCGCUGGCAGCGAGCAGCUACGGAUUCGACAUAACAAUAGUGGAGGACUGCUGCGGUUACCGCAGCGAGGCGAGGCAUAUGAAUGCGACGAGGAAAUUGGCAGAGAUGACCGGUUGCGAGUUUGCGACAGUCGCCGAUAUCGUUCCAACGCUGAGGCCCAAGCCACAGUCCCGGCCAGACGCGAAUCAUCGAGGCCGUACGCUAGGUGGCCCAGCUCAAAUACCACCAGAACUGAUUGCGGCGGCGAUGGCAGGGAACAGGCUCGGUUCAAGCAAGGGCAUACCCGUACGUCCCAAAAGCCCAGAAUCCCCGUCGCUACCCAAUGCCCCUGACAGCACAGGAGAGAAGGGCAAGCCAGAGGAUGCUGCUGCUACCCUGCCAUUGUCGCUGUCGCCAGACCUUUCUCCUGAGAUGGACAAGCUGAGACUAAACGCUCCCGAAUCCACAGAUCCCGCCAGUGCCUCUACCCGUAAAACAACAACAGGUCUCGUCGAGCCUCUCGCCGCAAAUGAAACGCCUGAGUCUGGGCCAGCCGAGUCCCAAGCCAAGCAGGCGGUACAAUCCGUGGUGAACGAAGCAGAUGCUAAGACUGAGCGCAGAAUUCUGAUUCCACGCGCAAACGCGCAAGCAAGGAAGACAGGUUCUUUAUCCUCCCAAACAAAGCCCAUGGCGCGCGCCGCUCGAAAUGAGUCACCCGCUAGCAAAGCGAAGACGGGAGACACCAUAGGAGAAACAGGAAACUCAAAAACCGGCAUAAUCUCUAUCGCCAGCGCAGAACAAGCCAUGAAGCAAUUCUUCGCAUCGUCCAAGCCACCAGAACCUGCUGCAGUAAAGCCAAAACCUGCCAGGAUGGAGCAAGGCGAAUUCGUACCUUCUGAACAGCUCCUGACGGCUGAGACACCAGACCACGAGAAAGAGGGCUCUUACCUUGCUGAAAACGAAAGUGAAGAACCCAAGGCCUUAGAACAGGGUUCACAAAUCCAAGGACCAGCAGAGAGCGUGACAGCGCCCAACGACACCAACAUUGAAACCCUCGUGACCGAAAAACUUUGCGAAGGCGAUACAACAAUCAUUCACUCCUUUCUCCCAGACUCACUCGCCUCCGGCCUCUUCGAGCGACUAUGUUCUGAAGUCCACUUUCAGAAGAUGAUGCACCAAGGCGGCGAGGUGCCCCGCUUCGUUGCCGUGCAGGGAGAAGUUUCCGAUGAUGGUACACAACCCAUCUACCGACAUCCCAGCGAUGAGACGCCUCUCUGUGUACCCUUCACACCAGCUGUCGAAGCUAUCAGGGCGCAGGUGGAGAAGAGAGUAGGCCACAAACUUAACCAUGCGUUAAUCCAGUGCUACCGGAGCGGCAAUGAUUACAUUAGUGAACAUAGCGACAAGACCCUGGAUGUUGUCCGGGGUUCUUAUAUUGCGAAUGUGAGCUUGGGGGCGGAGAGGACCAUGGCCUUUAGGACCAAGAGGGAUGCUUCAGUGGAGAAGGAGAGCCCGGCCAAGGAGAAUAAGGAGGCCACUGAGCCAUCUGGAACAUUGGUAGACCUAGCGCCACCGACGGUCGCGGAGGAGCCAUCACCAUCCAAGCGACAGACCGUACGUUGCCGCAUGCCACACAACUCGCUUGUUCAGAUGGGGCUCGCCACCAACAGCAAGUGGCUCCACGGCAUCCGACCUGACAAGCGACCCACGUCGCAGAAAUCUCCCGCAGAGCUUGCUUUUGGCGGGUAUCGCAUAAGCUUGACCUUCCGCCACAUCGGCACGUUCCUCUCCUCUGUAAAGAAUACCGACGAGCAGGUCAUAUGGGGACAAGGCGCAGUGUCAAAAACCCGUGGCAGUGCCAGAUCGGUGAUCAAUGGACAGACGCCAGAGGCCGUGACCAUGCUGAAAGGCUUUGGAAAAGAAAACCACUCAAGUGAAUUCGACUGGGAAGAAACCUAUGGCGGCGGCUUCGAUGUCUUGCAUAUGAAGUCCGCACCGCGGUAUUUCGGCUGCGGCGACACAAUGGUGGAUGGGCGUGUCAAGAUUAUGUUAGCAGAGCUAGGGGUUAACUAUGCGCACGGCUCCAUCGGCACCGGCAAAGGGCAGACCAGCUACGGCGAUGCGGCAGAUGUCGUUCAAGUGAAGUUCGUCCUCGACGAUGCUGACCGGACGACUAUCACGGGCGACGUAGCCAUCAUGCUCUAUUUAGAGGCGCGAUACCCCAAGAAGAAGGGCACUGAGGCUGAGAUGGCCAGGAUCUUCACUCGCUUCCAGGCCGCGCUCGCCCUGGGCCAGAAGUGGAAAGCUCUCACCCGUGGCGCCCUGGCCCGCGACAUCUCAAAUGAGGAGACGGUCAACAUUAUCUCCGACUUUGCAAGCGCAAACUAUGUCCAGAUCAAUGCCUGGAUGGCUGAGAACCUUCGACCGCUCUGCGCCGACGGGGGCGGCGGCGACGAACACGGGAACCUGUUCUUUGCGGGAAACGGGGCCGUGCAGCAGCCCUCCAUUGCUGACUACGCUCUGUGGCCCGUCCUGCACGCCAUUACCGAGACGUGGAGGGCUGCAGACGCCCGCUUCGAGCAGUCGUGGGCCCAGCGUGCGCGGUAUACCGCCCUUGAGAAGUACUGGGUGGACUUUGCGGGGCGCAAGAGCGUUAUUGAGGUCUUCGGGCGCAAUAUUGCGUGGCUUUGUAGCCGGCCGGGUUCGACGCCUAGCUCGGGCAGGCCCGUGCAGUACGGUGAAAAGCAGAGUGAGGAGGACUCGAAGGACUCGAAGGACUCGAAGGACUCGAAGGACUCGAAGGACUCGAAGGACUCGAAGGACUCGAAGGACCCGAAGGACCCGAAGAGGGAUGAAGAGAAAGCAGAGUUGAAGAGUGAUGAACCGGGGAAAGAAGAGGAGAAUGAUGAGAAAUGA